CCCAACCCCCCAAACCAAAAGUACUUAACCAAAAAAAAAUAAAAACAUAAAAAUGAAUUCUUACUAUUUUUUGUUCCCUCUUUUGCUACUCUUCAUUAUUUCAUCAACCACCAAUGGCCUUACUCAACAACAACAAUAUGUUAUGCAAAAAUACACAAAUAAUAAUUUCAUUCAACAAUUUUUAGCACCACAAAAUGCAGCACGUUCAGCAUUGAGAUUAAAACCAUUAGUAUGGGAUAAAAAAUUGGAGAAUUAUGCAAAAUGGUAUGCAAAUCAAAGAAGGUAUGAUUGUCAAUUAAUACAUUCAAAUGGACCUUAUGGUGAAAAUAUUUUUUGGGGAAGUGGGAACGGUUGGUCGCCAGCCCAGGCUGCGGCAGCCUGGGUUGGCGAACGACGUUCGUACAACUAUUGGUACAAUAGUUGCAAUGGGGAACAAGAAUGUGGACAUUAUACACAAAUUGUAUGGAGAGAAACAAGAAGAAUUGGAUGUGCUAAAGUUAUUUGUUAUAAUGGAUUGGGUGUUUUCAUGACUUGUAAUUACGAUCCUCCUGGGUCCCAUUUGAGGGAAAGUGCUCCCUAUCAAGCAUUUUUCCAUACCCAGGGCUCAAACCCAAGACCUCUGAUUAAGAGAGGAGCAACAUCAUCCGCUGCACUACAUCCUUCGGUAACGCCUUCCAAUCAUAAGCACAAAAACUAUCGACGCCAACUCCAAGUCAAGAGUGGGAUAGUUGCGCUCAUGCACCUUUGGCUAUACUCACAUGACCACUUUGUACUGACUAGAGAAAUCGAGAUAUUCUACAUUAAACGAUAAAUAUAUAGUACUUAAAAGUUUUCAUAUGCAUUCUACAACCGUGGUGAAACAUGGCAAGUUGGUAAUGGUGCCAUCUGCGCAUGGUCCAGCUCUCAUAACCAAUCACUCAUAUGCUCAUUUCCUCCUGACUAGCAAAAUCGAGAUAUUCUACAUUCAACGAUAAAUGUAUAGUACUUAAAAGUUUUCA